AUGAGCUCUUCUCGAAAACGUGUCAUAUCGUCGUGCAUACCUUGUUAUACUCGAAAACAAAAGGUAAGUCUCCCCCCGCCCCUCCAUGUCGUCGUCGAGCCGCGUAAGGAUCGAGACGGAUCAGAGAAGAAGGCUCCUCCUCGUGCAACCCAUUCGCCGCGGGACGAGUGGUGCGAGUCGUUUGGGUACUUCCAGGACAGCAACACCAACACCCUCGCCCUCAUACAAAAGGCGAGCACCUGCCACGACGAAUCCCCUCCCACCAGCUCGCUCGCCCUUGGCCCCGAAGCCGCCAGCGAGGUUCUUCGCGUCAUUGAGCGCAUGCCCGACAGACAGGUUCUGGACUUUCUGGUGUACUUCUUUGCCACCGAGCUCUGCUGGAUAGAUCAGCUGGUCCACGUUCCGUGGUUACUGGAAAAGUACCAGAGAUGGAACGCCGCCGAGGGGGCCAGCCUUGCCCCGGACGUCGAGUUCGUCGUCCUGAUACUGCGGAUCUGCUCUUACGCACUGCAGUUCUUGCCGUCCCCGGCCUAUCCUCUGGAUCGCAUCCGCGGGGAGCUGCUCGCCGACCUGCGCAAGGCGUGCAACGACGCAGCCGACAGGGCCGAGGCCAUAAGCGCCGCCGCCGACGGCCGCGGGUCGCCCAUCAGGGUGCAGCACCUCGCCUUCCUGGGGCUCAGAUACCAGGCGGAAGGCAAGAUGAGAGCCUAUGCCGAGGCCCUGGGCCGCGCCAUCCGCGUCGCGCAGAAUAUCGGCAUGCACUGCGACGUCGCGCGGCCUCGAGGGGAAGGCGCCAGUGAGGCCGACCGGGAGAUGGCUCGGAGGAUCUUUUGCAACCUGUACAUAAGCGACAGCCUGCUCUCUCGUCGGCUGGACUGCGCCCCUUUUCUCCCCGGACGUCUGGCCCACGGUGGCCAGCCGCAGCCGCAACUCCUCGAAGACCACGGAAAAGCGGGGGGGCCGCCGCCGCCGCCGGCUGGCCAUCGGUCACAGCAGCAGCCGCAGCAGCAGCGCAUCGAUCCCUUCGACGAGCGGCUGCUCCAGGCACGGCUAGCCGACUUCUGGCGCAGCGUGAGCCCUCCGGGCGGCAUCGACUACGACGCCAUGGCGGCCGAGGAACGGUACGACAAGUUCUGCCGCGAGUUCCUCCCACAGCUGCCGCCGGCCUUUGCCCUCUCAAAACCCGACGAGUCGUGGGACAAGCAGUUCCCGAGGCUGCCUCUCCAGCGGAAGCUUCUCCACACGGCCAUCUACGACUCGCUAUGCUGGAACUUCCGGCCGCUGCUCCUGCGUCAGCCCUCGUCGCCCCUCCCGGCGUACAAGGCCGUCCUCCUGGGCUUCCAGAAGAAGACGCUGGCCGUCGCCGCGUUACGCUCCCUGGACAGCGUCGGGCAGCUCCACGCGCUGCUCGGGGGGCGCCACACACGGCUGACGUGCAUCGUGGUGUCGACUUUCGAGGCGGCCGUGUUGCUCCUGUCUCUGCUCGCGGACCCUUCGUUCCCGGGCGAGCCGCAGCGCCACGACGCGCCUCCUCACGAGACCGAUCCGCUGCAGGCGGGCAUCCCCAAGCUCUCGCGGUCCGGGUGCCUGCAGGCCGUCCAGGGCGGCCUGGACCGGCUGAAGAUGCUGGCCGAGGUCAGCAACAUGGCGGAUCUCGGCGCGGGCACCCUGGGCCAGCUGCUGGGCAGGGUACCGGAGGGCGACGGAGGGAGGCGCCUUUCCGCGGCCGCCUCGGACGUGGCGACCCCGGGGACCCAGGAGGAUGGGGCGUCCGGCAAGGAAAGCGGGGAGACGACGUUAGUGAGCGCGGCGGGGGGCUUGCCGGCGAGCUGGGUGCCCGGCGGAUCCGACCCUCCGGACCAUCGCUUGGCGGUCGAUUUCACGUCGGGUGGUGGGGCGGGAACAUCGCCGGCGAUCGACGUAUCUCAGUGGCUUUCGUUCGAUGCCGCCAGUAUCGCCACACAUACCCAGAGCGGGGACUUUUGGAGCGACAUUCCAUUUUAG